GCACGACCGCUGCCAAAGGGCUACCGGCUCGCAUGGUGGGGCCGAUGCUGUAGAAAGGCUGAGGCAAAGGACCUUAGCCGCUGCUUUGAGUUGUCGCCGGGCUGGGUCAUCGAUCCCACCGACCACCCGGGGAGUCUGCUGCAGUACUGCGCUGCCCCGGGCCCCAGCGAGGCCAGCACUCUGGCAUGCACCACGAAGAUCCACACCGGCGGGGGUGCGGGAUUCGGAUGUUGGCUCUUUCAGACACGGCACUGCGUCGCCAAAGGCGAGCAGCUUCUGAUGCCGUACAACAAACGUUUUUUCGAGGAGCGAGGUCUCCAGCGUGUCAAC